UCACUGCUGGGCACUGACUGGCGGCACUGCUAGGCAUUGACUGGGCACUGACUGGCACAACCACCGGGCACUGACUGGUGGCACUGACUGGCAGCAGUGCUGGGCUUCACUGAUGGGCACUGGUGGGUGGCACUGGUGGGCACAGGUGGGUGGGCACAGGUGGGUGGCACUGCUGGGCACAGGUAGGUGGCACUUCUGGGCACAGGUGGGCGGAACUGGUGGGUGGCACUGCUGGGCACAGGAGGGUGCACUGCUGGGCACAGGUGGGCGGAACUGGUGGGUGGCACUGCUGGGCACUGAUCAUUAGGGUAUUGAUCAUCAGUGCCCUGAUGAUCGGUGCUGGUCCCUGCUCUGACAACUGUCGGUUCUCGGCAGUACUUUUUUCACGCUCUGACAGCAUGAGGAAAGUGCAGCCGAGAACCGGCAAUUGCAU